AUGUCUGCCUCUACGGAUGGCAAGUUGUCUUCCCUCAUAGAGACUGUGCGAGCUUCUCUUGCUCCGCUUGAGAAGGGCUCCAACAAGUCAGCGGAUGAGGAGACAGGCCUCAUCUCGGACAUCCAGUCCCUUGGGUUCAAGGACUACGGGACGCUUGUGCAGUUUCUAAAUGCAUCUGUGACAGGUGUCAACGAUGACAACAAGCACCUUCUCGAGCACCUCGUGCAGCUCCUCUCCAAGCUCCCGCCUCACUCAAAGCAGAUGAAAGGCCUGAGCGAUGGCUUCAUCAACCAGUUAUGGACGACACUUGACCAUCCUCCCGUCUCCUCGCUGGGGGAUCAGUAUAAAUAUCGCCGGGCCGAUGGGUCCUGCAACAACAUCUAUUCGCCGCAGCUCGGCGCUGCUAAUACGCCUUACGCGAGGUCGGUGAGACCCACGGUCUUGCAGAAUCCAGACUUGCCCGAACCAGAGAUUGUCUUUGAGAAGCUUAUGGCACGUGGAGACAAGUUCGAGCCACACCCCCAAGGCAUUUCCAGCAUGCUGUUCUACCUCGCGACGAUAAUAAUCCAUGAUAUAUUCCAGACCUCCCACGCAGACUAUAGCAUCAACCUUGCUUCGUCUUACCUAGAUCUCUCACCACUCUACGGGCGAAACGACGACGAAGUCAAAAUGAUGAGGACCUUUCGGGAUGGCCUCUUGAAGCCGGACUGUUUCAGCUCGAGUCGGAUCCUGGGCUUUCCACCCGGCUGCGGUGUGUUCUUGAUCAUGUUCAACCGCUUCCAUAAUUAUGUUGCUACACAGCUCGCGAUGAUCAACGAGGCAGGUCGCUUCAAGAAGCCCAAGGCUGGCGAUGAGGCAGGGUGGGCAAAACAUGACGAGGACCUGUUCCAAACAAGCAGACUGGUCACCUGCGGCUUAUACGUCAACAUUAUCCUGAAGGAUUAUGUUAGAACAAUCUUGGCCUUGAAUCGGACCAACUCGAGCUGGUCGCUCGAUCCGCGCACAAGGGAGGGUAAGGACCUGUUCAGCAAGCCCGUGCCGGAGGGCGUCGGAAACCAAGUGUCGGCAGAGUUCAAUGUCAUCUACCGUUGGCACAGCGUUAUCUCACUGAAAGACGAACAAUGGACAAUCGCUGAGAUGAAACGCCUCUUGAAAAACCAAAAUCCCGAGACAGCCAGCUUAAGAGACGUCGUCGGAGCGCUGGCGGAGUGGCAGGCUAGCUUGCCUGCUGAACCAGAGGCCCGGACGUUUGAAAAUCUUGCAAGACUACCAGAUGGAACCUUCCGCGAUGAUGAACUGGUCAAGAUAUUGACCGAUUCCGUCGAUGAUGUCGCCGGUUCCUACGGGGCUAACAGAGUCCCGCGCUGUAUGAAGGCUAUCGAGGUCCUCGGUAUUUUGCAGGCCCGCCAUUGGAACCUUGGGACUUUGAACGAGUUCAGAGAGUUUGUGGGUCUCACGAAACACACAACCUUUGAAGACAUCAAUCCGGACCAGAAUGUUGUAGCGCAUCUGAGGCAGUUGUACGACUCUCCUGACAGCGUUGAGAUGUACCCAGGCCUUGUUGCCGAAAAGGCAAAGCCCCCGAUGUCUCCAGGGAGUGGGCUCUGUGGCAAUGUGACCAUGACACAAGCGAUCCUGUCUGACGCUGUGGCUUUGGUGCGAGGCGACCGGUUCUACACGGUCGACUACACGCCCAAGGCUCUUACAAACUGGGGUUUCAACGAAGCGAACUACGACACUUCAGUCGACGGCGGCCAAGUCAUGCACAAGCUCAUAUUCAGGGCUUUCCCAAACCAUUUCUCUUACAACAGCAUUUACGCUCACUUUCCUUUCGUUACUCCAUCUGAGAACCAGAAGAUUCUUAAGUCUCUGGGGACUUGGGAACAGUACAGCUGGGAGGCACCUCGUGCACGCCAACCUCCGAUUAUGAUCAAGUCCCACAAGGCCUGCACAGAGAUUCUAAAUGAUGACAAGAACUUCAAAGUAGUAUGGGGAGAAGCUAUUGUUUCCCUGACGAACAAUGACGACGCCCCGGGAGUGGGUGGGGACUUCUGUCUCAGUGGUGACCGCAAAGCCAACCGGUCCAAUCGUGAAUACAUGAACAAGUGCCUCUAUCCUCAUGGGUGGGAGAAUGACACCAAGAAAUUCUUCGCAGCGACAAUGGACCGGCUCCUGAGCAGGAACGCUUAUGCCAACUCUGAGACACCGCGCACAUUCGAGGUCGAUAUUGUUAGAGACGUCAUCUCCUUGGCAACGACACACUUCAGCGCCGCACUGUGGUCACUGCCGAUCAAGACGGAGGCAACUCCUCACGGGAUAUACACCGAACAGCAACUCUUUGGCCUGCUACUAGCCGGGUUCGGAGCCAUAUUUUUCGACGCCGACAUCGCCAACUCGUACAAAUUGCGCUCGCAGUCCCGUGUGUUGGCGCAGCAACUUGGCAAGCUGAUGACGCUGAAAGCCAAGCUGGUGGACGCAGGGGAUGGGAUUGUCGCUGCGUGGCUGGACACAGUGAAGGAGAGCAUCAGUGUCAUUGGGAAUAUCGUCAAUGGCAAUGGGGUCAAGAAGGCCAACACAACCCCGGAAUGGCCCGACCUUAGCCUCUACGGAGAUCGCAUGAUCAAGCGCAUGCUGAGGGAGGGCGGCUCCACGCCGGAGCAGGUUGUUUGGGGUUCGCUUCUGCCUGCGUCGGUAGCCGCCUGCGCAAACCAGACCGAGGCGUUGAGUCAGGCCGUCGACUAUUACCUCGGUGACGGGAAGCAGCACCUGCCUGCGAUGUAUGCCCUCGCACACCAGAACACAGAAGAUGCCGAUGAGAAGCUGAAGAAGUACAUGCUCGAGGGCGUUCGUCUCCGUGGGGGAGUAGCCAUAUCCCGAGAACUGGCAAGCGAUCAGCUUGUCCGAGAUUUCUCUCCUUCUCAGCCCGACUCGUCUGACCCGAGUGGCCCUAACCCCACACCGAAUGCAAAUCCGGACAGUAGCAGCAUCACACAUAAACUCAAAGCAGGCACACGUGUCCUUCUCUCUCUCACCGCGGCCAAUCACGACGGCACCGUCUUCCCAGACCCGGAGACGGUCCGUCUCGACCGUCCGAUCAAGAACUACAUCCACACCGGCUGGGGCCCCCACCUCUGCCUGGGGCAGGACAUGAGCAUAGCCGGCCUGACUGUCGUCUUCAAGAAGAUUGUCGGGUUGAAGAAUCUGCGACGCGCUCCGGGCCGGAAGGGGGAGACCAAGUCCUUUCCUGCUGCGAUCUGGAACGGGCAGGUUGGUGCCGAACGCAAUCCUGGUGUAGGAUGGACAGGGCUCAGAACUUACAUGACGCCUGAUCAGAGUUCUUUCUGGCCCAUCCCAAGCACGUUGAAGGUGCAGUGGGAUGAGUAG